AUGGCCGAUGAUACUUUGAUGUCAUGCGAAGGUUUCGAAUUGUUCACUGCCCUACAAAAUAGCGAUACAGAUGGGAGACAGAACGUUAUGCAACAUAUCAUGGAGUUAAUGUGUGAAUGGGCUAGAAAUACUCAAAUUGAUCUGGAGGACGAAACUAAAUUAAAGCCUUAUUUAUGUACUCUACUAAGAAUAUCUUACGAAUGUCCGUAUGAAGAAGAACGUCUGAAAUGUCAAGAGUUAUUACAGGAUCUAAAGAAUGAAUACCACAUCGACAUUCCUAAAAGAUUACAAAACAGGCCGUCGAAAUUUGUAGAUAUCUCGGAGGAUAUUUUUGCGAAACGAUUUAUGCUUAAGAAGGGUGGCCGCAAUUGA